UGGGUUCUUCAGUCGUCGAUUGACUCUUCACUGUUAAACAUCGGUGGUAACAUAGAUACAUGCAAUUUUUGUCUGUUUGUUUGUUUUGAUUCUGCGCUCUAACUGUAAUUGGCGUAUUGUUAUAGCUCGGAAAAUAUUGUUAUGACCAUCGGUUUAAAAAAAAAAAUUGUAUUUAUGCGGAACUUAUGAUAGGCGGGAUGAUCGUGUCUCGAAGGGGGUACAACGCAAGGAUUAUUAAAUAAUAAAAAUACGAAGAAAAAAGAGAAAUAAAGAUCGUUUGGAUUUUACGGUUUUUGGCUAAUACAGUGAAUUGACGGUGUGUUCCGUAUAUAACGAGUUGUUGCUUGACAAAGGUCAGUAGCAUAUUCAUGGCUGUCUUAAAGUGCAGCCAGUGCAGCAUCUGACACAUGUUGACUUGAGAUGAGAUCGGGAUUAAAGAGAUUUGAUCUCGUGUAGCAUAACAACAACAAAACGAAACAUAAAAAAGAGGUGCAGCUUUUUGUAUUUCUUAUCACGGUUAUAAAGAAUUGAUGGUGGCAACACAAUACAACACAACACAAACAACAACAAAAUAUAAAUAAAAAUAAAAGUGAAUGGUUCUAAAAAUGAUCUGGCAUUGAUGUGCCGCAUUAAGACAUUUUGUGGUCGGUGGCGAACAAAAUAAUAAUAAUUUGUGUGUUUUGUAAAAAAAAUAAAAAUUUAAAUUAAUAAACAACUCAAAAUAAUUAUUUAAAUUAAUCAUAUUUUACGUUGGCUCAUCUUUUGUGUGAUACUUACAUGACUCGAGGUGGUUCAUUGGUGAUUGCUACGUUCAAUUUAUUCAUCAAUAUUUAAAUAUCACAAAACAAAAGAAGAGGAACACACACACACACAGCAAAAACAACACAAGAACAAACUAUUAUCAUCAUAGUUGACAUUUAAUCUGAGAAUAAGGUGUUUUACACGGUCGUAGAUGUAUUCACCACCAUCGCGCCAAAAUGAACCAGCUAUGCAAAGUUUGCGGUGAACCAGCGGCUGGAUUUCACUUUGGCGCGUUUACGUGUGAAGGCUGUAAGUCAUUUUUCGGUCGAACCUACAACAACAUCUCCGCCAUAGCCGGAUGCAAGAACAACGGUGAUUGUGUGAUAAACAAAAAGAAUCGUACCGCCUGCAAAGCGUGUCGCCUCCGAAAAUGCCUCCUCGUGGGAAUGUCAAAAAGCGGUUCACGCUAUGGCCGUCGAUCGAAUUGGUUCAAAAUCCAUUGUCUCUUGCAAGAGCAACAAUCCCAACACCAGCAGCAUGGCUCUUCACUGGCCAACAAUUCACAACAAAUGACUUCGAAUCUGGAACAACUCAAUCACAUCCACCAGCAGUUGCAGGCACGUCAGACGUACCAAGACAAAACAAAUCCCUCUAUCAAGACUGCAAAUCUUUCACCCCCAGCCCACCUCUUCCUACCCGCCAAAUAUCUGAACGGCAGUGGGAGUGGAGGCAGCAUAUCGCAUACAAAAUCCGAGCCACGUCUGAGUUCACCGAGUGAUUCAGGUGCAUCAUCGGCUGAUCCCGAUGACAACAGCAGCAUUCGGGGUGUUCCUGAUAGUCCAAUCGAAGACCGGCAGUUCAUGAAAGCCUUUCGAAGUUCCUCCGUUGAGCCACUUAAAGUAUUUUCCCCGAAGGCAUUAAGUUCGAAAAUGAGCCCGUUCGUUGCGUUUCCCACGUCCUAUGGAUCAAAACCAAUUCUUCCACCAGUUCUGCAGCCGCCGAUAACUACUACCACAACGACGACAACGACGAUUAGCCUGCAGGACGAGCCAAUUGAUUUAUCAGUGAAGUCUCAAAUUCAAUCUCAAAGUCGAACCACACCUCAACCAACGCCUCCGACACCACCACCCAGUACUCUAGACCUUCCAAAACCUGCCCCGCUGGACUUAACUUUGGUCCGAUCGCAACCAAUGUCGGGAUGAGACAUUCAAUAUAAACUUGAUAAUUCAAAUACUCGGAUGUCCUGGGGAGUUCAAAGUGCCAUAGAUCUAAGGAUAAAGAAGUCUUACAAAAAUUUAAAAAACAAAAUGUCCAGGUGCUUCAAAAUAUAGAUAAAUAAAUACACAAACAAAAAUGAUGAGUUAUUGCAAACAAGGCCAGUUCUUGCCUCGAUAUAAAUAGAAACAUAGUUUACUUUUUAGGGACAUUAUAGCCAGUUUAAAUUUUAUUUAAUAUUUAACUAAACAAAAAAGUAAACAAAAAUCCAAGAAAAUUAAAUCAAAACAAAAGAUAAUUCUCCAUUGGUGCCAGAAAUCGUACAAAUAUUUUUGAUAUAACAAACAAAAAAACUUAAAUUUUCUUACAAAUUAUAAUUAUAAAAAUAGUCACUGUAAAAUAAUUAUAAAAAUCUUUUUUUAUAUAAAAAAUAUGGAAGAACAACAUAAACAGUUUUAGAUAAUUUUA